UAGCGUCGUCAUCUUUUCCCAAGGAAGACACAUCCAUCAAAUCGGUUCAGGUUGAAAGAGUUUUGAAUCAAUCUGCUGUAUUGCCUUUACAGUUUACUCCUUUGUUGUUUGGUGGGGCAAGAUGUGACCUGUGAGCAGAAGCAGGGACGGAACGUUUACAAAGACUGACUCCUGUGUUUGUAGUAUUUGACAAAGUUUGGCAAAGUUGAUUUGGACUGCGAUUUGGAACUUGAAUGACCAUUAAUUUUUGAAAUUUCACCUUGUGCAGCUAGCUAGCUGAUUGAGAACAUUUAUUCGCGAAGAACCAUAGGUAGAGUGAAACAAACCCUUCCGUUCACAGAGCACUUAGGAAACAUACCAAUAAAUACGUGCGGUGUUUCUGAGAAGAAACAGCAGCGAACUCUAUCCUCGUGCUUGUGUUCUUGGCUUGAACGAUGAGCAUCACGUCUGAUAAACGAAAAGGAUUCAGUGAGCUGCUCUACCAGCUGGAUAAGGGCAGCAUUGAGGAUGAAUCUGAGUUUGAGGAAGCCUUCUUCGCUGAGCUGCGGGAUGUUCGUGACUCGUGGCUGGUGGAGGGAGUGGUGGAGCACUUCAUUCGCACGCAGUCCCAAUACGCGCUGAAGCUGUUGCUGAGACUGCCAGACAGUAGCUCAACGAAGCUACUGGAGCGCUUGGACGUGGCGCUACACAGCGAGAAACGUCUCGUCGGCCUCUUCCUGCUUGGCAUGCUGGUCAGCAACGAUGUUCCCUGGAUCCAUCGCCUCAUCAACGACCCUCUCUUUCUCUCCAUUCUCGACUUGCUGGAGUUCGAAGAAGAUUUGCCGGUCUUAAUGGCAACGUUGGUGGUGGUGACGGUUGUACUGCCUUCGGUGCCUUCUGACAUCCUUCCGUUUCUGGAGUCUCUGUUCCGAGUGUUCUGUCGCCUGGCGGAGUUCCUAACUAACAAAUAUGCAGGCAACAUCCCCGACGUGCUGUUGCUGCAGCUGAAAGUGGGCAUCCACGCGUACUUCCACCGUCUCUACACUAUGUACCCGUGCAACCUCAUCGCUUUCCUGCGCCUACGCUACUUCAAGCCAUCACAGAUGCCCGGCAGCGGAGGCCAGAGCAACAUCGACUUCGAGGCCAUCGUCGCGCCGUUCAUGAAUCAUCUGCGUAUCCACCCGCACAUUAUCAUCAGUAGUGCCGACGGUGAACGCUCGCAGGAGAAUUGGCGCCGUCAUGAGCCUCACGAUAUCCUGGUGAGCUGCGAGAAACUGGCGACGACACCGAAGGAGAUCGACGCCUGGGUGACGGACUACCUCGGCUACCUGGGUCACGUGAUGACGUUCGGCGCUGGCGACGGCGUGGCAACCUCUGCCGCUGCCACCAGUGCUGUCUCCACCGCCGCCGGUGGUGGUGGUGGUCCCGCCAUGAGCGGACGUGGCAGCAGCUCCGCGGAGUACACCCAUCCGGCCGCCAGUGUGGCCGCGUCCCGCCGCCUCGCCCUGCACCGCCUCAGCUACCUGUCUCGUCACAACAUCACGGAGGCGACGACGACGACAACGAGCACUCAGGUGAACAGUUCGCGGUCAACCGACACGGCCACCGCUGAGCCGCCAGUGCGGCGCCACACGUUCAGCUCCGACGUCCUGGCAGAGUCCACAGAGACCAUGGGUUCACCCUGCACGCCGCUAUUGAAUGAGGAAGUACAGUCGUUGUCGGCAUCAGUCAGUACGGCUACUGGUCACCAUGCUGCACUGGUCUCGUCUGGUGGUACUCUGACUGACUCUAUGAAUGCAGCCGAUGCCAAGAAAUCAUCCAAGCUGGAUUGCUUGCCUCCACCGGCUAGUGAUACUAGUGGUGUGUGGAGUCCGUCUAAUGUCGUUGGAUUAGCAACUCCACCGUCCUCUUUGCCGUCUGAAGGUAUUGAUCCACGAGCGAGGCAGCGAUCAGUUUCAGAUGUCAAGCACGACAAAAAGCGGCACCACGACAGAAGAGGCCUGGAGGACUCGGACAGUCGGGGGAAGGGCCAGAAGAGCUUCUUGUCCUUUGUCGGCAAUCUGCUGGGCAUGAUGAAGACGAGGGAUGGCGGCCACUCGCCAGAGCCUAAUGAGCAGCAGGAGCAACGCCGGGUCAGGCACGACAGUCUGGACAGUCCAUCGGCCGUGCUGGACGAUAGCAGAACUAGUCAGCCCGGCCAUGCCACCCGGGACGAUCUAGCUACACUGUCGCCGUGCAAGGAGGGUGCGUCCGGUACCAGCAUUGCCGAUUUGCCGCAGUUGCCCGGUGCUGCGAGGAGCGCAUUUGCCGCCGCUGGCAAAGCCCAGGACGACAUUCAAGGCACUCCUCUCUUGUGUAGAUCGGUUUCAGACAGCUUCCAGCGACAUGACUCCGUCACGCCUACACCGGCAUCACUAGGCGAAGCAGCUGGCGUCGGCGACCGGCAGGAAGGUGACGAGAAGUCGGAAAGCGUGGCUGAAGCAGCUUUCGAGCCGUUCACGCACACAACUGCGAUGGCGACGGCAUUGUCCACGCAAGCUCAGCGCAUCAGUUCGCCCAAGAUGAAGUUCUCCACGGGCUCUGAAGUCGGCGAGGUGCCACUCAAUCCUAAGGGUCGUCACCACAGUUACCAUGCUGGUUGGUCAGCUCUCAGCUUCGUGGACUGUUCAUUGAUGGAGAAGUUUGACGAAGCUUUGAAAGACGAGGGAGAGGAAGGUGACGAGAGUGACAUUCUCUGUGGUGGUCCAGUUCGCUGGACUGACAGCAUGGAUAGUACGGGCAACUCCACCAAGGAGUCGCUCUCCGAGUGGACCAGUGCACGAUCAUUGCUGCAGGCAUCGUCAUCGUCUUGCAGCUCCUCGUUCAGCCCAACGUCGAGUUUCCUUUCCUGCUUGACGUCACGCUCUGAGCAGUUUGCAGCUGGUACGGCGGUCAAUGUAGCUGUGCCUCUCGACGUGCUGCGAUCGAGUACCAGCACUGAGGGUGGGUCCUCCGUUUCACGCUCGUGGCCAUCCAAGCGUGGCAACAUGACGGCCGCUCUCAGUACAGACACCUACUAUCAGCAGGCGAAACCAGCCGUUGUGCCGAUGACACAAGUACUGGUGCGCAGCGAGAAUGCUAGCUCCUGGCCUAGCUUACCAGCCGGUAUGCACCAUCCUGGUCAUGACCACCAUGUGCUGUCGUCACUGGACGGCUCCAGCGUCACCUCUGAUAACACCUGCGUGGCCAGUGCAUCGUCUGGCACCUGCUGCUUCACUGCGCUGCCCAGCAGCAGCACGCUGCGCUGUGGCCCGUGCCCCGUGCACUCUGCGGCGGCCGCGAUGCGUCGCGACAUGAAGGCGGCGCAACUCAGCUCGCAGUCGAGCACCACAGUUGGCGGUGGUGUGUCGCGGUCGACGAGCAACUGCAUGCUUCUCUCCACGGGGACUCAUCUACCCCGUGCCCUGCCAGCUACCGUUCCGCAGACCAUGGCAAGCAGCGCCAGUGGUUCAAGCACCGUGUCACUGUGCCAGGAUGAGUCGGCGCACAGACGUCCGGCAAGUGACGCGUCGCCCACUGCUCGCUCGCCGUCGUCGUUGCUGGCAGCGGUGGCGGCGCGAGGUCAUCACGACCUGGUGGAGCCGUGCUCGCACGCCAGCUGCUGUCACACGCGCUCUGCGCCUAUGGCCAUGCUGGACGUGGUGGAUGACCACAUGGUGCUGGGUGCUGCGCUGCACAACAGCUCUGCCAGCGACCUGCCCGUCUCCUACCAGCCGGGCUGCGAUUGGUCGCAUUAUGGCGAAUCCCCUCACUCGGACGAAAUUGCUAUACUCCAGUCCAAGGUUCUGAUGCUCCAGAGCCAGCUACUCCUGGAGCGUCAUCAGCGUUUGCAGCAUGCGCAGCGUCACCGCGAGAUGCAGUCCAAGUUGUUCAUGGUGCAUGCCGUGGAGGAAGAGCUGCAUGCCGUGAAAGACCAGCUACGGUUACAAGAGGAGGAGGUCCUGAAGUUGAUGCAGACAGUGGAGCAGCGCCGAAGGGAAAAUCGGGAUCUGGUCGCCACUCAUCAUCGUCGAGAGAAAGUUCUGCACAACAAUAUCCGAACACUGGAGAGUAAUUCUCAGUCAGUUCGAGAGCAAUGCAUGGCUCAGCAAGGUCAAGUGUCGCAGCUGACUGCUGAAGCUGUCAACCUCCAGAAUGAGUUGCAAAUGCUACGAGCAGAGCACUCUGCCAUGCGUCUGGACCUCAUGAACAGCGUGCCAUUGGUUGACAAGGGCCGUCAGCUUCAACAGCAGGUGAAUGACCUACGGCGAGAGCUAAUCCAUGUUACGAUGAGAGCCCAGUCGCUGCAGGACCAGCAGUUUAACACCUACAACAAAGACAUUCACAUGGCAAGGCUGCAACAACAGCUAGACUUGGUCACUGGAGAGUUCAAUGCUUCUAAGGAGGGAAGCCUGUGGCUGACCAAUCAACGCGAUGCAUUUCACCGAAAGAUAGCUGACAUGGAGAAGGAGCUUGCGCAGAAGGAUGUUGCUAUUGACCAGAUGAAGGCAACACUGCUGCGGCAACAACGGACCGCUGAGGGCAAGGAAAGAAUUGCUGAAGAAGCAAUACAGUCGCUGACGAAAACCAACGAACGGCUUGACCAGCAAAUCUACAUUCUGGACGGUCGCCUUCGACUUCACCAGCGUCAGCUCAUCACUGUGGAUGUCUGCAAGACUGCGGACAUGUCAGCGGCAAUGGAGAUGACAAGCGAGAGUGAGGACGCAGCCUGAGCACCACCGUUCUCAGUAAACCCGACGAUGCACGCCGGCGGAGCGCUGAGAGCGGCCUAGGCAAUGUUAGCAGAACUCCGUUACUUGGUACAUACACCCUGUUUCCUCUAACCAUGCCGUGUGCAGGUACACGGACGGUGACAAGCACUGUCAAUCCAGCAAUGUAGAGCAGUGUAGAACAAUGUAGAGCAGUGUAGAGCAAUGCAGGGUGCGGUAUGUUCACUAUGCUGCUGAAGGCUAUUUUUUACGCUUUCAUUCGCUGCACAUUGCGCAUAACUGCUUAUAUACCUUGCUGCGACAACACACGCGUGCAUGCAUAAACACACACGCACGCACGCGCACCCAUACACGCAAGCUGUUCCUUAUUUUUAUCGAUUUUUGAAUUUUUUUUAAGAGACGUAGAAGAUCUUUGCUGGUCAUGGUAACUAGUGUGUGACACUGAAUAGAAAGGGAGAAAAGUUUUGAGCUUUA